AGGUCGAAUUUUUCUGGAAAAAGAAAUGGUCCUUUGGGAAGGCUGUAUUUCUCUUCGUACGUCAACGGUCAAAAUUCCAUCUGAAGGGUGCUGGUUGAUCGUGUUGAGGGUAGAGUCGUUACUAUGGCAUGGGCUUUAUGGUUGGAAAUGCUGUCGGCGCGUUCUUUUCGUAAGAUCCUCUCGUCGCAUGGUCUGAAUAAUGAAAACAGUCUUCAUGAGAGACGAUCCAUCCCUUGAGGUAAACCUACCCUGUUCCUUCUCCCGCGUGUUGAUUCAAUGAUCCCCUCAAUCGUAAACAGUAGUGAGCCUCGAUCUAAUGAAACUCAUCCUUUUUCAUGGAGGCUGAUUCUUGGAACUUCAGUUGUAUGGCAGUACCUCUCGACUGCCAUUCGCUACACUCACCCCGAGAUCUUCGCCAGGUCUAACAUUCUUCCACUGGCAAAAUGCUGGUGCCGCUAUCCAGGUGAUAUCGACACACCUUGUCCUCACGAUGCGUCUCUACGCGAUGUGGAAGAACAAUAAAUAUAUAGUAGCAUUACUGAUCUCUUUGAUAGCUGUCGAAAGCACGGUCAUCGGCGUGGUCUUCGGUAUGACUACAAAGACUGUUGCGACAAAUAAUCCUGCACAAGGCGUCUUUAUUUGCGCGGAUGGCGACAAGCCGGGGCGCCCAUGGGCAACAUUUUACUACACCAGUAUCCUCGUAACGGAGCUCGCCUUCCUCGGUCUGAGCUUGUUGCGCGCAUGGUAUGAUCAUAGAUUUGGCACGGGUGGAAGAUUGAUGAGAAUACUCACCCGAGAUUCGGUGUACUAUUUUGCUGUCAUCUUUUGGAUAUACCUUGCAAACCAGAUCAUCUGGUGUAUCAAUAUCCUCACACUCAACGAGGUUGCAACGGGGUUCUCCUUCUCUGUCUCCACCAUCCUUGCCAAUCGGCUUAUGAUCUCUAUACGCAAGCUGUACUACACAAAGAUCGAGGGAUCCGCGCUGCACUCGAUCCCCUCUCGCGAUCACAGUAAUUUUGAAGUGGCGACGACUGGGCCUCACUACGAGGGUUAUGAGCUGCAGACCUUUCAAGAACGGACAGCACGCAGUGAGUGCUCUGGACAUGCGAUAUAUCUGUAUGAGCUGAUGUUUGCUUGAGAAGGCCGGGGAUAACUGCGCAGCGGAGGACUUAUUCUUCAUUCCCACCUUAUCUCGCUGUUGUAAUAGGCGCACAGGCUAUAGGAUCAGGCGCACAGUUUACAGAAAUAGAGAUCUCCAAGCUCCUUCCAUUUAUCAAGCAACUGCCGCACUUUGUCCUCGUAGGUUUUCAUAUUCUGCACGUGUCCGAUAGUGAGGAUGAGGAGGAAUGGAGCACAGAACAAUCACAUAUUUUAAGAGGUCUGCUUCGUAUGAUGAGCCUACGAAUUCUUUUGGCCACAAGACGGCUUCUUACUGCAAAACGCAUAUGUGAUCGCAGUCCCUUGCAUUCAAAUUUUGGAAAGCGCUCAUACUCAAUGCUAUAGCCUAAAGGAGGAAAAAACAAGCGAAUUGAUUACCAUUGUUGGCCGC